AGAGACAUCAAGCUUGUCGAUACGGGAGGAAGGAGAGGUCGGGCUCGGCGUCGUGGACGCGGAUCAUGAGGAGACGGAGAAUCCAAAUACUAGAGAUCAUAAGGGGUUGAAGGUAGAAGCAACCUCAGUUACUUCUACGCACAAGCAGAUAAACGAUGAGCUGCAAGGUGGUGAUGUAGCUCUUGGUGUUGACGCUAUUCAAGAUGUUGUAGUGGAAAAGCAUGUUGGAAGUAGUGAUCACACGACUACAGAGACAAAGUCCUACUCCUCCUGCGCAGAAGAGGUACUAGACGAAUGGCGAGAUGCGCUGCCACCUGCACACGAAGAGGACGAUGUCUCUCCGCAGACCGCAUGCGAGGACGCCACGCCACCUAAGAAAUUCUGGGAAGACCAGUUUCAGAAAAGUACUAGUAAAUGCAGCACACCCACA